AUGUCUAAGAUCGACUUCUCCAAUGCUGGCCAUGCCUCUGGCGUGCUCUCUGCCACGCUUCAACUUGGCAACGUGAAGAGUACGCUCGCCCUCGUCGCCUCCUUGUUUAUGGCGUAUUGCGCGGCCCAGACUAUUUACAGGAUCUGGUUUCAUCCGUUAUCCAAGUUCCCGGGUCCACCGCUCCUCGCCGCCGUCUACAUCCCCUACGUCUACCUCAACCACGUCCGCGGAGUAUGGGUCAGAAGGCUGCCGGGCCUGCACCGCAAGUACGGCCCCGCAGUUCGUGUCGGGCCAAACCACAUCGCCUUCGACGGCUCCAUCGGCUGGCAAGAAGUGUACGGUCACCGCAAGAACGGCCAGAAGGAGUUCUCGAAACAACCCGUCGCCUUCCCAGGUGAUGAGAAGAACCUCCUUCACGCUCCACUCGAUGUGCAUCGACGGCAGCGACGGCAGCUAAGUUAUGCUUUCAGUGAUUCGUCCCUUAUUCGGCAAGAAUCCACCAUCUGCAAAUAUAUAGACAUGUUGAUGGAAAGGCUCUGGGAGCGAGCCAAGCAGGAUCAGGUUGUCGACAUCGUCGAAUGGCUGAACUUUACCACCUUUGACAUUAUCGGUGACCUCACCUUUUCUGACUCAUUCCAUAGCUUGGAGAACAACGGUUACCACCCGUGGGUGCGCUCCAUCUUCAAGGCCGUCCGCGGUAUCGCUUUGCGUCGUGGCUAUAACCUCUACCCCAUGAUCCGCAGCAUUGUCGAUGUUCUCAACCUUAAUUCAAUAUCAAAAGCCACCCUCCAGAUCCGUGGCUACGCCAAGGAAAAAACUAAGGUACGCAUAGGCUUAGGAGAGGAACCCGUCGAGGGCCACAAGGACUUCAUCACGUACAUGAUGCGAAAGACGCCCAAGGAAGGCACCGGCAUGAGUGCGGAGGAGAUUAUAGCGACGACACCAACUCUUGUACUGGCUGGCAGCGAGACGACUGCUACUGCGCUUUCUGGCUUUACCUUUCUUAUGAGCAAGAACCCGCGCGUCUACGCUAUAGUCGCCAACGAAAUCCGGUCCACUUAUAGCGCCGAGUCGGACAUAACCAUACGCAACACCGCAGCCAUCGAGUAUCUACAAGCAGUCAUUGACGAGACGCUGCGCGUAUACCCUCCGGCGGCCGAGACACCGCCUCGGGUGUGUCCCGGUGCCAUGGUCGACGGAAAGUACAUUCCUGCAGGGGCCCGCGUCUCUGUGAGCCAGUGGGCUACGUUCCACAACCCCGACAACUUCGUCGAGCCCGAGGCCUUUCUGCCGGAGCGUUGGCUCACCAAGUCGCAUCCGAGGUACGAGGAGCGCUUCCAGGCGGACAACAAGGCCGUCUUCAAGCCCUUUAGCUACGGCAGCCGGGACUGUAUCGGCAAAAACCUAGCGCAGGUUGAGAUGCGGUACAUCAUCGCCCGACUCCUAUAUCGCUUCGACUUCGAGCUGGCGUCCCCGCAGGAGAACUGGCUGGCUUCGCAGCGAGUGUUCGUCUUGUGGGAUAAGGGCCCUUUGUAUCUGCGCCUUCGUCCGCGUAAGAUGCAUGUAUAGUAUCCAUUUUCCAGUUGACGCAAGUGCC